AAACGUGUCUUGUCUCUCGGAGUCUCUCGGGUAAUUAUCGCUGUAGCAAGAUGGCGAGGAAUAUGUUUCUUUCGUUGUUUUCGGUUUUAUUUUGUUUACAUUUACUUUGUAUUUCUCUUUGCCAAGAAGAAAUCAAAAUUCUAGAUGAUGAUAGUUUUGAGCACCUAACUCAAGCUUCAACUGGUUCAACUACGGGUGAUUGGCUGAUAGCUUUCUCAAGCAAAAGUGAAAGCUGUGAAGCAUGUAAAAAGAUUGAUGAAGCAUUUCUAGCAAUACAGAAAAAAUUUGGACACAAAGUAGUGGUUGCCAAAGUGCUCCAGGAACAGAAUAGCAAAUUGACAUGGAAGAGAUUUGAAGUUCAUGCAAUGCCUAAGAUAUCCUUUUUUCGCAGAGGAAGCCAGUAUUUUCUUACACAAGACAAAUUCAAUGAAGAAGAUUUGACAGCUUUUAUAGAGAACUUUGAGAAGUAUCCCAACCAACGAGUUCCAGAUCCUAUAGGCAUUCUAGAUGUGUAUGUUGAGAGUGUUAUGGAAGAUAUCAAGCAUGUUAUUCACAUCCGUAAGAAUGCUGCCGCACUCAUUUUCUGUUCUGGCGCACUGUUUGGAGUGAUGCUCACGCCAAUGCUCAAAUGUAUCGGGGACUUUUUGAUCAACACAUUCGCUCAGGAGCCAGAUGGGGAAGAUGGGACGGAGAAUGAAGAUUGUGAAGAAAAGAGUGUCGAGGAAAAAAAGAAUAACUAAUACGUCAGAAUAACAUGAUAGUAGUUAGAAAGGUAGUGUAAGAAUACGAAAUAAAGGGCUACUAAACCAGGUCCAAACACAAUAGACAUAUGUUCGUCACAAUGUAUCCAUGCUCGAUCGACUGUUGUAAUUUUUUUUCAAGGUUUUACGUAAAAGGUUUACGGAUUGUCCGGGGACAUUUGCUAUCAUAUUUAUCAAACUACUUGCGAACUAUGUACAAAAUGCAGUGUGGUACAUUUUUCUCCCGCUGGUUACUUUACCUUAGCAACCACUCGGUUGCUAUGGCAAGGGCGAGUGACGAGUAAAAAAAAAACAGAUUCGAUUCCUUGGAAUCAGGAUGAAAAAUAAAAGCGGAUGUUCUGA